AUCCAAAUUUAGUCCGAUCAUAAGUCCCACAUUUUGCGCUCCACAUUCACCGAUACGCCACGUACUUGACAAUGACACACCCGACCGACAUGUUAGAGCUCGUUCCAGGCCCCACGCAGAUGCUGCCCAAUGUUCUGGAAGCUCUGGGAACUGCCUGCGGAUCGUCUGAUCUGGAUCCUGCUUUCUGGGACGACUAUCUUGCUUUGGAACGCAAUCUACAGGAAUUCCUACAUGCCGAGAGCUGCAGCGUGGCUAUUCAAUCGGGCGAGGCUAUGCUGGCGUUGUGGGGCGCUCUGAAGAGUACUCUAAAGCCUGGGGAUGUGGUGGUGUGUGCUGCCAACGGACUGUUCGGUGAGGGCUUCGCAGACAUGGCCAAGGCUUUUGGAGCAGAUGUGCGAGUGGUCAAGUGCGACUGGCGGAAGACCAUCGACGUGCAGGCUCUGAACGAAGAGAUCCGUCGCUCCAACCCCAAACUGGUCACUGCAGUACACUGUGAGACGCCCAGUGGUGUGCUCAAUAACCUGGAAGGUGUUGGGGAGACGGUGGCCAAUGAGACCACUGAUGGUCUCUUCUUGGUGGACUUUGUGUCGAGUGCAGGAGGUGCGCCAUUGAAUGUCGACGCGUGGAAGAUUGACUUAGGUCUAUUGGGACCGCAUAAAGCACUCUCUGGCCCUCCUGCAUUGGCAUUUACUACCGUGAGUGAGAAGGCUUGGAAGCGGAUCAAUGAGGUCAAGUACGUCGGAUACGACGCGCUCCAGCCGUUCUACCGGGCUGCACUCCAGGAACCCAGACUGCUUCCGUACACGCAUAACUGGCAGGCUAUCCGUGCAGCUCUCGUUGCGUGUGAUAACAUCAGACAGGAGGGUGGAAUUGAAGCCGCAAUUCGUCGACACGCUGAAGUGAGCGCCUUUGCGCGUUGUGAGGUGCAGAAGACGCUGGGACUGAAGCUUUACGGCGAGGAGAGCGCAGCUUCUCCGACUGUGACGGCAAUUGAGCUUCCGGAAGGCUGCGACUGGAAUGUGCUACAGGAGGAACUUCGUGCGCAGAAGCUGCUGGUGGGUGGAUCGUACGGACCUCUAAAGGGCAAGGUACUUCGUCUGGGUCACAUGGGCUCCCAAGCGAACAAGGAAGUCGUGGACAAGGCGAUCAAAAUUAUUGGCGCUGCACUCGAGAAGAUAAAGUAGAUAGAAAGAGGUGUUUGCAUUGAUAGUCAGUUCUUCUCUGUGGCGAGAAGCAGUGGAUUAUCGUGCUGCUCUGGUUUGAAGUCAUAGUGUAUCAAGCAAACCUGCCAUUAAGACACUUCGUGAGUCUGGGCGGUACGUCUCGUACUAAUACAGCAAGCCUACCACUUCGGGCUCGCCUUCGGGCGCACCUUCAAUUCCAUACUCUGCCAAAGUCA